UUUUUUUUGCGUAAAAAAUAAUUUACUGCGCGUGCCAAUUUUACAGUGAAUAAUGUUAGCCUGAUACCUGAUAGCCUGAAGUAAUGCAAUAAAUUUGUUAAACUCAUAGCACAUCCGCGAGGCAGCGACGCGCACGAUACUAAAACUGUAACAUGGAGGAUGUAGAAUAUCUUGAUGAGUAUAAAGAUUUGGUGUUGCCAGGAAAUAAAACUGGCGAUGGGCGCACGCCAGAUGCUCCCCAGCGUCGCCGAAUUUCGUCAGACUCGAGCAACUCGUCCUCGAUUGAUGCAGAUAUAUUUCAGAAGCUAUUCCAUGGGAAAUUUAUUGACGACGAACAGCUCAACGAGGGCAGUUCAAAAUCAAGGGAGAGGCACCGUCUUCCUCGACUCUCCUCCUCCAGUGAUGACGGUUCAAACGACGCCUUCGAUGCUCUGUUUCAUAGGAAACUUAGCAAGCCAAAAUCAAACAAAAGGCGGGAGCGUUUCGCGUCCUUUGAUUCUGUAGACGAAUUGGGCCAAGCCCUUAUGCGUCCAACACAAAGGUCAACUGUACCAAAGCCAAGUACAUCUCGUGGCGCAGGGAGGAAAUCCGAGGCGGAGGGAUUGCACAGAGGCAGUGGCAGUCAAAGCAACAGCAGUGGGUUUGGGAAGUCCAACAAGUCCCUUCCAGAGCACCGUUCCUCGGGCAAAAUCGGAGUUCAUGGGCUUCAAUCAAAGAAUGUGACCAAAGGCUUUAGCAAUGCCAGCAGCAGCCAUUCUGUGUCUAAGAAUAGCAAGACUGUAACCUUACAUAAGCCAGACCUUAGGCUACCAAAGAACGAGCCCACGACAGAUCCCUUGAAUUUGGGGGAACUCUAUGGGGACUCGGACAGCGAUUCUUCGUACGAGUUCGAAUCGGAUUUCUUCGACGAUCCAGACACGGAUGAUGAGGAACCGGUGAUUGACUUAUCGACGGAUACCAGCAGGACCACUUCGGUGGCGGAAUCUGCCCGUCGAAAGCAACAGCAGCAGCGAGAGCUGGAGAAAACCGGAAAGGACAAACAGGGCCAGAAAAAACUAGUGCGUCGCCGCAAUCAGCUGGAGGCGGAAGAGCGGCCACCCCAGAAGCGUCUAAAGCCAGAGGACGAAGCCACAGCAUCUGCACCUGCCUCUGCCAACCCCAAGGUUAAAUUCAUAUCCCUUAUAGGCAAGGACACAAUUAUUUCAACCACAACCGACCUACGAAAGGAGGAGGCAAAGUCCUCGGGAGCCGCACGUAAAUCGAAUGCAAAGAGCCCCAAGGGCGCCGAUAUGACCAAGCACAUCAUCAUAUCGACAGUACCCAAGAAAACCCCGGAUGCCGCUGCAGAGAGUCCGCCGGCGCCGUCCAAGAAGCCUCUAGUGCAGAGUGUGCUCAACUCGUUUGUGGAUACCCGCAAGACUACACAAAGGGAUAGUACAGGCAAGAAGUUCUUGCCGAGAUCUAACACAGCGGCAGCAAAUGAUGAGGACCCCGAACGGAAUAUCCCCAGCUCCACUUUGCUGACCAGGAAGGGUGUUGUGUCAGCAAGCGAUUUGCAAAGCAAGAAAACAGCAGAAUCUCCCAAAGGAGAAACACCUGCAGCAGCACUGCGGAAGGUGAACAUCAUCUCCGUUUCAGUGAUGCCGAGCAAAGAAGAUGAAUGUGCGGCUGUUGCAGUGGGGAAAAAGGGGCCCACCAGCGCACCCGCAACAGCAGCUCAAGUUACGAAGGCGCUGCUGGAUACCGAGAAGAACAUCGUCUCAGCAAGAAGGCAAGUGGAGAACAAGAAGAAGCCGGAGACUAAGAAGAUCGUUAAAAUAAAUGCGCUAGACAAGACUAAGAACACGGAGCAAGCUAGGAAGGAGGAUCGCCGGCUGGAGAUGUCCGCACAACAAUCGAAAAAAUCAUAUACUCAUACGGAGCCAACCACGAAAUCCUUGCCGCAUCCGCAACUGCUAAGCAACCCAGAGCCUCGGAAGUCGGAAGAUGCUGCCAGAAAGCAAACUAUAGAUGAUGAGAUGGCUAAACCCGCAAUGCUGUUAACAGUUCGACCAGUAACCGAUGCCGUGUCUCGAUUGACACAACCCGAGCAGCAAUGGUCCGAUCUGGAUGUGUUUCGAAAGAGCAUUGCGAUCCGAAAAUCAAAGGUGGAAACUAGUCGCGCCUCAAGGGAAUCCUCUCACGAACGCGCCGGUCGAAUAACCCGACUGGAAAAAGGCAAUUCCUUACCGACAUCCCGUCCAAUGGCUGUCUCAAUAUCCUUACACAUGACGCGCGCCGCCAGUAACAAUCGAUCCCUGGCUUCAACGCCAAUUCCUAUGGCUACAACGCCAACUCCUAUCGUGCGGCGGACUGCUCCGAAAAAGCCUGAACUGGAAGCAGCCUCCUCAUCGCCAGUCGAGCCACUAGCUCCGCCUAAGAAGGUUAAACGUCCGGCGCGACUGCGGUUUGCUUCGCGACGCAGACGGUCGGCCAAAAAACGAAAAGCUACCGAAGAAGCAGAUGCAGAAACAGAAGUCGGCCAUCAAAAGAGAUCAAGAGGAGAGCUAGAGCAGGAGCCAGAAGCACGUCCAGCUCCGUCCCUUGCCUUCCCAGUGAUGAUAACCGCUGCCAGCAGCUCCACCUCUUCGCCGCUGCCGUAUUCGGUUACAGCCCCAGUUGCAGUUUCUUCCAAAUCACAGCCCAUUAGAAAACCUAAGUUGCGAAAAUGUCUGGUCAAAAUCAACCGGGGAGUGGUCAAAAAGUGGAUGGCAGCGAACGUAGGAAAGCAGCCAGCAGUCGCACUACAGCAACCACGAUCAGAACCACCAGAAGAGCCGGCUCCAGAGCCACAAAUUGAAGAACCAGCAGCAGAGCUGCCAGAGCCAGCUCCAGCUCCAGCACCAUCUCCAGCUCCAAAGAAAGCGCCGCAGACAGCAAGAGCACCAGUCGCACCAGUUGACAAGUCAGAUUCGGUAUCGGUGUCGGUAUUGGCACAACCAGCACAGAAAAAAACCCAUGGUGUUCUGGCCAUCAAACUACUGAUUCCCAUACCCGUUAUGGAAAUAAAAACGGAAAUAGAGGAAGUGCCGCCCGAAGUGCCAAUGGAAGAAGAUACAUUGGGAGCCUUACCCGUACCCAUACCCAUACCCACACCCACACCUAUAGCCACACCCAUAACCAUACCCACGGCUCCGGAAGCUCCUGAAGAGGCGACGCCACCUCAGGAGGUGGUUCCACUUCCACCCACCACAUCGAGUUUUCAGACAAUUCGCAUAAGUGCGCCUCCGCCCUCGGCUGGCAGACUGGUCAGCUCGCUGCUAUCAGCCAGCUCGGCCGAAUCCAGCCAGAACCCUGGCAAUACCAAGAUUUUCUCCUUCCUGUAUCCGCACCGCUAUCAGCGAUCGUAUGGCGACGUGGGGCUGGACUUUUGCUGCCCCAAUCUGGAUGGACCGAUGCGAGCCAUUGACCCGACGCGUUUGCAUGCCACGGCGCAGGUGCCUGUGCUGGAGCUGCCGCAGUUCAUGGUUAUCACGACGAAGAUCAUCUCCAAGGCGGAUAAGGAUCUGCCCCACAAGGUGCGUGCGAAGCUGGCGCAGCUGGAUAAGACUGGAGGGAAGUUGGUGGGGCAGACGGUGUGCAUGAGCAUGGACUCCAGUGAGCCGUCGAUUCUAGUGGCAGUGCCGUCGUCCAACCUUGGUCCGGCUCCUCGGACUCUUCCCGCCUUAAUUCCCAUUUCUAACCCUCCGCCAGCCACCGCUCCACCUGCGCCCACCGCUCCACCUGCACCCACCGCUCCACCUGCACCCACCACAACUCCUGCACUUCCAGUUUCUCAUGAUGACACCGUUCAAUCCUUGACCAAGCACUUGCCACUUGGAACGACACUAACCAAAAAGGUCCUGCCGCCUGGGGCUGCCCUACCCGCUGCUGCCAGAUCGUCGAUGGUGGCCAGUAUGCCACCUGCCCUGAUCCAGCUGCCGCCAAUCUGCCCCAAGGACAAACAACGGGUGGAGCUGCAGACACGAGUUCAGAUAUUCGACCUGGUGCUCCAGAGCCUGAGCAGACGCGCAACCACACUGACCAAGGUAGAGCGACAGCGCACCAUUGAGGAGAUUGUGAUGACCAGCACCCUAAUGCCCAUCGAUGUUGAUGUGGGCACCAAGCUCCUUGAGAACUACGUCUAUUACCUCAACCGAGCUACUAACAUCCAGACGCCCCUGCCCUCGCUUUGCCUCAACCCUGUGGUAACAACAGCUGCUACUCAGAGUGCGCCCACAGUCGCCAGUCUUGUCGGCAUCCCGGCGGUGGCCAAGAGUAAAGUCAGCACUGCAUCUGCAUCUGCAACUGCAACUGCAACCCCUUCCGCACCCGCACCAGCAACGAAGAAGCCAGCACAAAAGCGCAGUUCUCUGCCAGCCGGCAUUCCGGUGUACGAUUCGGAGAAGAACAUCAUUGGAUAUCAGUGCCCGACACCGAACGCUUCGUUUGUCAAUCGACCAACGCCCAUGGCCAGCAGGACUCCACUGGGACCCUCCGCUUCCACGGCAGCCCAUGGUGGAAGCAAGUCGGCCAGAUCGAGUGUGCAGCUAAAACAGAACAAGAAAACGAAAACUACGGCUGGAAUGCCUAUGAAAGCAGGACCAAAAGGCAGCACUGGAAAUAGAGUUGGUUCAGGGACGAUCAUUUCCAUUCACCCACCGCCAGAACAGAAAACACUCCCUGCAAGGCCAGGUGUAGCCCAAACGAUUGCUGCAUUAUCGGAGACUCCUCAGCCCAAUGCGGUGGCUGUGCCUGUCCCUGUGCCUGUGCCGGGGUCAACGUCAAAGUCUGCUGCCCCAACAUCGAGCGGGCGAUCCGCUGGAUUGAAUCAAACGCGCAGUCCGAAUGUGUUUAUCAUUAACCAGAUGUCCCCCCAGGCAGAGGAGAGCAUACUGCCCGAUUCCAACAAUGUUGUGCCAAUGGAAGCGGAGAUCAAGGGUGAGCUGGACGACACUGUGGAAUUGAUUGGAUAGGGCAGGGCUUGAGUGUAUAAUUGAU